AUGAGCUCUGAUCGCAAACACUUCCGCCAGCGCUGCACAUGGCCCAUCUCGGUCGCAGCCGUGACCGUCGUUUUCUUCGUGCUGUUUUAUGCUUAUGACAAUAGGCCUUUCUCUGCCGAUUCCAGUGUGAUCGCGAGCUACUCGCACGUGGAACUGUCUUCCUCGAGUGAAUCGAGUGAAUCAAGGCUCUCAGAUACCCAGCAUCUCAUCCCCCUGCUAUACAAGCCAUUCCUGCACUCCGUCGACGCCCCGAGAUUCGUUAGCGACAAUGGGGAUACCUACGAGCUCCCAGAAAACCCGCCACGCUUCACCCAGUCGCUUGGCAAGAAGAUCUUGCUGCUUGACGUCGACACUCGUCCUCUCGACGGAGAGGGUGGCAUGUUGAGUGAAUCCAUCCAGUACGAGACGAUGACUCCCCAUACUGCCGGGAUGCUGAACCACUAUCUCUACGCUAUGGUGCACGGCUACGACUACAAAUUCGUCCGCUCACCCUCGUACACUGAUCGUCACCAAACCUGGGUCAAAGUGCCUAUGAUCCGCGAAGCUCUCAAGACAUACGACUACGUUGUCUUUGUCGACGCUGACGCUGUCUUCCCUCACACCCACCUUCCGCUUGAGUGGCUGUUCAAUUACUGGAACAUCACCGAGGAGACCCUUGUCGCCAUGGCCCUGGACCCAAAUGCCGACUUCAACAAGGACCAACGCGGCAAUACCAACCUUAACACCGGCUUCAUCAUCGCCCAAGCCAGCCCGCGCACUACCGAAAUGUUCAACGUCUGGGAGGACUGUGUCACCGACGACAAGUUUGACAAAUGCUCCAAGUGGCGGUAUGAAUGGAGCCACGAACAGGCGGCAUUCAGCAAUUUCAUGCGCUACGAAUACCAGCGAGGCUCCGAAGUCAUCGAACUAUCCUGCACUGAGGCCAAUGGGUACCCGCAGAAAGCUGCUGAAAGUGGCUGCCACGGCGAAUUCGUGCGCCAUUUCUGGCUUGGGAAGGAGUUUGCCGUCGAUGCUCUGCGUGACACCGUAUCGCGCUAUAUGGCUCUGCGGCUGCAUGAUACGUUUCACGAGAAUAUCAAUGUUGCCAUGGUAAACGCUACGAAUACGACAUUGCCGUUGAAGGCCGGUGAAGAAGUAGUAAUCUGA